GAUAUAUUGAUCCUGUCAUCAGGCCCAGGGACCAUGUUCGAUAGUGACUGUGGUGUGCAAAUAUGAGGUUGUGAAGAGAAAUAGAACGGCAGCCUACCAAACAGUGCGCACUGCGACAGUCACCUUACGCAGCUACACCAGCAAGACGAAAACAAAACAAACCUCUACUCAGGCUUCACGUGGGUUAACCCUGACACACGAUGCCCUUGAAAACAGGAAGCAACAGACACAUCACAUUUGAUGAAGAUGAAGAUUUUGAAGACCCUCCCACCCUGGACCCAGUCAGCAGGGAUAGCAAUGAGGUGGCCCAGGAGGAGAACGCUGAGGACUUGGACUCAGACGCAGCACCAGAGGAAGCCACCAUCUCUGCAGAGAAGGAAGACGCUCAGCUGAGGAAAGAUUUGGUGAAAAGUGCAGUGAGCAGACGCAGGCAAGAGAUCAAGGAGAAACGAAAGCAACAGCAUGAGAAGAACAAGUUACAGCAAGAAGAGAAGCGCAAGCGUCUGGAAGAGCGGCGCCUCCCACAGAGCCUUCUGGAGGCAGCCGCUACUGAGCAAAAGACCAAAACAUUCAAGCAAAAGCAGAUGCUUCCCACCAAGAAGAAAAAUAAGAUAAGAAAAUUCAAUGAUUCUGAUGGAGAAGAUAACAAUGGCUCAGUGGAGAAUGUAGAUGAGGGCUUCAUAACCAUAGACACAGGCGUGAAAGUCCGAACCCUAAACCAGGAGGUGAAGAAGUACACUGACAUCACACAAAGAGCGGCAGACUUCCGAAUGAAUGCUCUGUACAGAAGGAACACAAAGAGAGUGCCCAGUUCACAGCUUCGGGAGAUGAAGAUAAAGCAGAUGAAGAGUGGCAAGGCAGUCUUUGCCACUCACAAGACGUGACAACCUCCUGCCAUGAAGGGAUUAGUGUUAAGGUGUGUUGAGUAGUAAGUUGGGUGUACUUACAAAAGGCUUAUGGCGAAAUUCUCAUUAAAAGACUGCAAAGAAUUGACACAAACAUGAUGACUGAGUAACAGGUGGGAUUAUGUCCUUGAGAUGCUGAGAAAAAGAAUGGUGAGGAUGGUUAAAGGCUGCCUGACUGAGUUAUCACGCAUGUAGUGUGGGAUAUUUAAAUUAAGUUACUUGGGUGUGGAGUUCUUUCCCUUCUCUCUGUUUGUUGUCUCUUAAGAUGUGCAAGAUAUGUGAUGGCAGUAUUUUUCCUGCCUGAACACAGUGUGUUCAACAGGGUUGUCUUCCUUACUGCUUCAGUAUGCAGAAGUUAGGGAACCAGUUUGAUGUCUUAUUAGCAGAUCAGGGGAGGUGUAGGAAUGGGUUUGUUAUGGUGCUGGAGGAGUAGACAGACCUUGUUGUUGGUGUUUAAUGCAGAAAUUGCUAGAUGUGUUGUUUAACUGUCACUCAUGCAUCAAGGCAUUUAAGACCUGGAGGCAAAAUAGGCAUAGUCUACAAGUACCAGUGAUCAGGCAUAUAGUUGUUUUACUUAUGAUCAUAAAGUGUAAUUGCUGUCCUAAAGACCCGUGUACAGUCAUGAUAAUCAUCACAACAGACUUUGCAGUUAGCAGAAUUUUGAGUUUUAAUAGGUAUUACACGUGUGUCACAACACUGUCUUCAUCAUCAUGCUCUUGUAGUUACUAAAAAAUUACUUGAAACUCAAAAUUCUGCCAAUCGUAUUAUCCAUUGUGACAAUUAUUGUGUCUGUGUACACAGGGCUUAAACCAGAAGUGCUUGGAGAUGCAAGUGGUUCUGUUUUGUACACCUGAGGCAGUGUCCUUCGUGGCAAUGGUGGUGCUGCCUGUGCUGCCAGUCCACUCUUGUCAGUUGAUAGAUAGUGUUUCUUUUAUUUCAAAUUGGUAAAGCUUUCAAAGUACUUUCUUGAAGCCACAGAAUAUCAGAGAUGGAAGUUUCAUUGUUGUGUGAAAUGGAAGUUUUAUAUAAGAAAUGUAUCUUUAAAUACAAUAAAAGUUCAAUUUAUUUUCAUGUAAUGAA